AUGAAUGGAAGCAAGGCCGACGUCCCGGCAACGACUCCAUCUACCGGCACAUAUGAUCCGCACGACCUGCCGGACUACGAGAAUGAUUUUGUUCGUUCGACGGAUCUCCAGAGCUUCGCAGAAGCCCUGACUGCUCCCACUACUGAGCCUGUAAGAGCCUUGAACGAUUGGGGCCCGGUCCAUCAACGAGUUAAACGGGCUCGGGUCAAACGGAAAACAACGAGACGGUCCAAGGAUGAAACCCGAGAGGGCUUCGUCUACACACUUCUGUACUACCCUUUGCUAUUCGGAGUCUGUGGCUGGAUCGUCUUCCUUUUCAUUGUCUACAAUUUGACUCGUUUCUACAUCUAUGCCUAUGAGCAUCUGUUUUCAUGGAAAGGACAGCGACAGACGCUACAUCGGCAACUUCAACAAGCACGUAGUUACGAAGAAUGGCAAAAAGCUGCUCAUAGCCUUGACGAAUAUCUUGGAAACGAAGAGUGGAAGAAGUCCGAAGCUUAUUCGUACUACAACCACCAAACGGUGAAGAAGGUGACUUUGCAACUGGCCGAUUUGCAUCGUAAAGUGGUGGCUGAAUCGCAGAAGACCACGAAUGGUGUCCGCGGUCUUUCUUCGCUGGAUGAAUUGAAGGCAUUGCUCGAGAGCUGUGUCAAGAACAAUUUUGUCGGUGUGGAAAACCCGCGUUUGUACAGCGAGACUUAUAUCGGCACAAAAGAGUUGAUCCAAACAUUCGUUGAUCAGGUGGAACAGAGCCUGCGAUUCGUUCUCGAUUGUGAGAGCAUCACCGAUAAAGAAAAGGUAUCCUUUUUCAGGCAUCUCGAAUUAAACUAUGGACGGACAGCUCUGUGUCUUUCUGGAGGCGCAACCUUCGCAUAUUACCAUUUCGGAGUCAUCAAAGCCUUAUUGGAUGCAGGACAACUCCCCGAGAUCAUCACCGGCACUUCUGGCGGCGCUCUGGUAGCGGCAUUGGUAGCGACGAGGACGGAUGAGGAACUGGAGAAAUUAUUGGUUCCGGCACUUGCAUACCGCAUAAGAGCAUGCCAUGAAGGAUUCACGACCUGGUUUCGGAGAUGGUGGCGCACCGGCGCGAGAUUCGACUCUCUGGACUGGGCACUGCAAUGCAGUUGGUUUUGUCGUGGUUCCUUGACCUUCCGCGAAGCCUAUGAGAGGACUGGGCGCAUCUUGAACGUCACUUGCGUCCCGUCCGAUCCUCAUUCUCCGACAAUCCUAAACAACCAUAUCACGAGUCCGGACUGUGUUAUAUGGUCUGCGGUCCUCGCCUCUGCUGCUGUACCGGGUAUCCUCAACCCCAUCGUGCUUAUGCGAAAGACGAAGGACGGUAAGCUUGUCCCUUAUUCUUUCGGCAAUAAGUGGAAAGACGGAAGCUUGCGGACCGACAUACCGCUGAAAGCACUCAACAUCCACUUCAACGUCAAUUUCUCCAUUGUUUCCCAAGUCAACCCUCACAUCAACCUGUUCUUCUUCUCUCCUCGAGGGUCGCCGGGUCGGCCAGUGACACAUCGCAAGGGGCGUGGCUGGCGAGGUGGGUUCCUUGGCUCAACCAUUGAAACUACUGUCAAACUCGAUCUGCAAAAAUACCUCAAGAUACUGCGCCACCUGGAAUUGUUGCCGCGGCCCAUGGGUCAGGACUGGAGUGAGAUAUGGUUACAGCGAUUCUCUGGCACAGUGACCAUUUGGCCCAAAAGCGUCCUGAGCGACUUCUGGAAUAUCCUCAGCGAUCCGAGUCCCCAGCGACUAGACAGGAUGUUGAUCGUUGGCCAACGUAGCUGCUGGCCUCAGCUGCGCUUUAUCUCCAACCGGAUGAAGGUGGAGAGAGUCAUCCUGAAGGGACUUCGGAAAGGAGGACCAAUAGAUGAUGGUCAGCAUGUGCCAGACCCGGUCCAUGAGCAACAGGCUCAGGAGGCUCUUCUUCGAGCGAGACGACGACCUGGCCGGGACCAGGAUAUCUCCGCCACGGACGACGAGCAUCUCAAUGCUUCCCACUCGCCUGCACGUAGGCAUAGCAGCAUUCUCGAGGAGCUCACUAGACAGGCUUCAGUGCUGUGGAACGACCAUGAAGUGACGGAAGGAGAAGAGGAUCCUGUCACGACAGACGAAGGCGAGGCCGACGGUGACGACGACAUGGUAGUACAGUCACCUAGAGCAAUGGAUGACGAGCGAUCCGACUGA